AUGCGCUCCCCACCCCAGCGUCAGACACGAGCCAGGGCCAAGGACCCUGAGCCCGCGACUUCGAAACCAACAAAAAUCAUAACGGCUGCCGCAAAGGCAAAAGCAUCCGUUCCAUCAACUCUAACCGCGAGCACGAAGAGCACGGCUGCUAAGAGAAAGGCGAGAUCCGAUGACGCGGAUGAAGAAGAGCGUCAGGCAUCGCUAGCCAAGCGACCACGAGGCCGCCCCCCUAAGAAGCCUGUUGGAGAAGAUGAAAAACCAAUUCGAGGGGCACGAGCCAAGCCUAUCCUAAGAAAAGGGGUCGCAGAGGUCACAAAAGAGGCAUCAAUAGCUCCAAAGCCAGGGCGUGGCAGACCGAGAAAGGUUGAAUCGAAGCCGAUAGAGAGUGAGAGCCAGCCUGAGCCAGUUAAGAGGGCCCGUGGCCGGCCGCCAACGGUGAUGAAGCCAACCUCGUCGACGGCAACGACAGUAGCCAACAAACCGCCAGUGAAAAAGGUGGUCAAGUUCCGAGAGCCAGAUAAGGAGAACGUGGAGCCUGCCGCAGUACCAAGGGAACCUGUCACUACCGGCAUGCGCGGUCGUCCAGCACGGCGAGGUGGUGCGACUGCAGCUCGAAGUACUCGACCAGCUACAAAGCCCUCAAAGCCUCAGGCUGGGGACAAGAAGCCACUGAGCCCCAAGAAGAUUACGCAACUGACUCUUUUACCCGACGACUCUGAAGACGAACUGGCAUUAGAGAAAGUGUCUGCGAAGCCGUUAUCAAAGAGCCCGAUCAAGCCUCCGUCCAAGAAAUCGGAACCUAUUCAUGCUGAAUUCGAGAAUCUGGAUACGACCAUUGCCGUUAAUGCUGUCAUGUUCGAUUUGCCAGAGAUCAAUCCCACAAUUCUUGCAUCACCAGCCAGGCGGCCUACAUCGCCGCCGCGAGACACGAUAAAGUCUCCAGCCAAGAGAAUGGCAAUGCCCCUGCCUGGAUCUGCGCUAAAGCUGGGCAACGAUCCAGUUGGCCAGACGCCUUUCAAGUCAUCGACGCUUCUGCAAUCUGCUGCUAAGCGACCCCAAUCUCCCAUCAAACCCUUCAUCUUCUCAGCCCAGAAGGCACAGCCAAGUGAACCGACUACCAAGUUCUCCAUGCUACAGUCGCCAGCCAAGAGGGCGAUGCCGGGCGUCAAAUCGCGUUUGGAUGCGCAGCCAGAACUCCCGGCGCUGGAUGAGUCUCCUGUUAGAACCCCAACCAGGUCAACCAGAUCUUCACAUAAGCUUAUGUUGGAAGAGGAGGUGCAUGAGGAUAGCGAGGAGGAUCCUUUUGUAGGACCCAUUGAGCUUCCUCAAUUUUCCAUGCGCCAAUCUCCCGAACUGCCUUCCGAGGUCCACUCUGCUCCUGCAGAGGUGGAAGACGAAGUGGAAGAUGAAGCGCAAGAUGAAGCAGAGGCAGAGGCGGAGGUGGAGGCGGAAGAUGAAGAAGAAGUCGAAGCAGAAGUCGAAGUAGAGGCAGAGGUGGAGAUUGAGGCGGAGGCGGAGGUGGAAGCAGAAGCAGAAGCGGGAAACAACGACGAGGAAGAGCCACUACAAGCCACGGAAACGGCAGAGAGUCUGUCGGCUGACGAGGAAGAAAACGAAGUAGUCGAGGACAGCAUCAUUGUCGCAACGGGAGAAGAGCAAGUCGAGGACGAAGAGGCACCAGCCGACGACGAUGAUGCCCAGUCAGAAGACACCAUGGUUCUCGAUGACCUUGACGCAGAAACCGAGGAGCUUGUCGAAUCUCCGCCAAAAGCAGAGUCCCAGACAGCAAACGGCUUCUAUCAGCUUCGGCAGAAAGACUUGGAUCCCUGCCAUGAUUUAGGUUUAACAUCUGAUUCCGAGGACGAUACCCUGCCCUUUGAAAGAAUCACGGCCACUCCAUCUAUCAGCGGAGAGAGGACGCCAAGAACUCGAGCCAGCCGCAGGUCUACUUUGGGAUUUACAACUCUCUCUGACCAGCUCGGCACUUGGUCGGCUGCCAGCCCUGUCAAGGGUGCUCAUCCGUCUGCGGAAGAGGCUCAUCCAGGAAGCGCUGAGGAUGAGAGCCUUGAACACGGAUUUGAGUCAUCGAAUCAAGACACUCCUAUGAAGAACGUGUUUCCGGGCAGCGAGAUGCUGUUGAUGCAGCCCGAAGCGGCCACAUUGCCGGAGAUGGAAAGCGUUGUGGAAAGUGUUGAGGGGCAAAAUUUGGACGAGGAGGCCAUGACCACAGACGAGGAUAUGGCCCUGGCUCAAGAAACAAAUGAGAUGUCUCUGACAGAUCCCAAGGAGGAGGAAGAUGCUUCCAAUUCUCGCCACUCUUUCGACGACGGUUUGUCGGAUGCUAGCCAGGAAUAUGGAGAUGAAAACCAAGUGCCCGUCGACGGUCCUGCGCCUAGUUCGGAGCCUCAGGCAGCGCCACCAGUAACGCCGGUCUCUCGUCCAGUAACGCGGUCGUUCAACACAACCACCAAGAUACCACUCAAGCCAGCCGACGAAUCAACACCAAGUCCAUUAAAAAAGAAGAGCUUCAGCGCCUCACGAGCUGCUCCAAAGCGGCCACCCCAGCCCAAACGGGGUGCCCCUGUUUUAUCUUAUGCGGACAAGCCUCGAAGGAGGAGCUCACGAAAUUUCAGCGCCAUCUCCGAGGAGCCAGAGCAGAAGGCCGAAGAACCCUCGACGCCAAUGGCAAAGAUGGAUAUGUGGGCAAGCAUUGGAACGCCGGGGCGCACUCCUCGUAAGGACCUCAACCCCAGUCUGCUUCGCGGGGCCAUUGUGUUCGUAGACGUGCACACAAGCGAGGGUGCGGAUGCCAGUGGCAUCUUUGUGGAAUUGCUCACGCAGAUGGGUGCCCGGUGUCCCCAAAAGUGGAGCUGGAAUCCCAGCAACUCAAGCAACGGCGAGUCAACCAAGGUGGGCAUUACUCACGUCGUCUUCAAAGACGGCAGCAAGCGGACCCUGGAGAAGGUCAGAGAGGCCAAGGGGGUCGUCCAGUGCGUGGGUGUAAGCUGGGUUCUGGACUGCGAGCGAGACAACAAGUGGCUGGACGAAUUGCCAUACAACAUCGACACCAGCAGCGUUCCUCGCGGGGGUGCCCGUCGCCGGAAGAGCAUGGAGCCAAAGUCCAUUUCCAACAUGAACGGCAGCGCGGUCGACGGCUCGUCCAAGAGACGCGAGUCGGCGCCAGCUUCGCCUUCGCCCAAGACACCCAAUCGUAGGCAGAGCAGCAUCUGGAUCCACACCCCCUCGGAUGAAGGCGAGGAGCCGGAGAAGGAGGAGGAGGACAUUGAGUGGUCCAAACUCAUUCUGACACCUGUACCCAAGACGCCGGCUCCGGAGACGAUUAUGAAUUUUGCUAUGGAGACGCCGUCAAAUCUUGACGAUGUGGAGGAGGAGGACGAGAAUGAUGCAGCGUUGACGAGAGAAGAGAUGUUGACGCGAACAUGCCCUCCCAGGGCGCAAAGAUUUGUCGAGCUCGGUGGUGGCAUCUUGUCCGAGACACAGGAUGACCAUGUGCUGCAGCGGUUAAUGGCUGCUCGGCGCAAGAGCCUGCAGUUUGCUCCCAAGGUGGGCAGCCCCUUGGCCAAAAUGUGGCGAUGA